AUGAAAAACUGUGUUUGAGACAUUCAGAUGAAAUGAAUGAGAGUUCACAACAAUGAACUGCAAGAGAAGGCAACUAGAAAUCAUAUGACAGAUGGUAAUGUGCAGGAGAUGGUCAAGUUCAGCAUCCACCCACAUGAGCAGAAUAUUUUCACAUGAGUAUGGUAUAAUAUUUUACAUUGCCCAUAGAUAAUCAUCAUACCUCUUUAAAAAAUGUUGUCUUAAAGCCUAAAAUCAAAACCUAUUUAAAUACUAUUUCCAGCUUUAUUUACACAUUUUACACAACAUUCAACUAACAAAAAAAGCAACAGCAGGAUAGAAAAGGGAUCCGUCCCCUUCUACUACUUUGUAGAGCCACAUUUUGCUUUGAUUGCAGCCAUCAGUGUCGUUGAAUAUGUCAGCUUUGCACACUUAGAUUGGGGAAUAUUUGUACAUUUGUCCUUGCAGAAUAGUCAUAUUUUGUGGGGAGUGAUGAUUGACUGCUCUCUUCAAGUUCAUCCACAGACUUUUAAAAUCAAAUUAAGGUCAGGCCUCCGAAUUGGCCAUUGGCUACUCAAAGAUAUUGACCAUGCUAUCCUAAGGCCACUGCAUGUUGUUUUAUUUCUUUCUGCGGUGUGUUUAAGGCCGUUGCCAUGCUGGAAGGUGAACCCACCCCCCCGCUCAUCUUCAGCUGUCUAGCCGGGUGUCGCUAGCUGGACUUUGGCAGACCAAGUCGUAAAUACAGACCCUUUAGGCUGACUCUUGUGCCAACCUCUGUGGGAACAUCAGUGGGUGCAGGGUACUUGACAGAGCCAGAGCCAGGGAGUUAAUACCACUCAGUGAUGUUGGAGGUGUGACACAGUCCCAGCCCUCUGCACAUUGAUUCACACAGGAUUAAGCCACUGCAUGAUGCUUCGGGCGUGAGGCCUGGCACAGCUGAUUUACUGUCCCUGUCAGACUUAACAUCUUUGGAGGCCUCCUCUGCCCUGCUUCUGUCUUCUGUGGAAGGACUUGAAAAAAAAACAUCUGCCACUGCACCAACCGGAUCACCCAAAGGGAUGACUGGCAGUCAGCUGGCUCAGGAGUAAGAGAGGAAGCAAUGGGCUGGACUAUGACUCUAAAAGAUGACUUUGGGGUCAUUGCCUGGACGCGGCAAGCUGGGAACUACCUCGGCCUCUUCCUCCUCUUGUCUCUUCUUUCCUUUUCAGUCCAGUCGGAUAUUGUGUUUCCAAAGGACCAUCAUUUCUCUUGGAAAGCAGGCCAGUGGGGUCAGUGUGUCGGGGAGGAGUGUGGUUCUGGCGGGCUUCAGACAAGGACAAUAUGGUGUGUCCACAUGGAGGGCUGGACUACCCACCAUUCUCACUGUCAGCACGUGGACAAGCCAGAAAGCCAGCGGCACUGCUUCAAGGUCUGCGACUGGCACCAGAACCUCUUUAUCUGGGAGGUAUCAGACUGGGGGGGCUGCGUUCUUGUCUCGUUCUUUUCCAACGAGCACAAGCCGAGGACGGCUGAGUGCAUCACAGCACAGCAUGGCAUCCAGAGGCGCAAGGUCCAUUGUGUGCGUACUUCAAACCGUACCACAGUCACCUUGAGGAUAUGUGAGUUCUUUUCCCAGAAACCACCCGUGGAGCAGGCGUGCCUCAUCCCCUGCCCCCAGGACUGUGUGGUUUCAGACUUCACCUCCUGGUCCAGUUGCAGCAAAACAUGUAGCGCUGGCCUGCAGCAUCGGACACGACAUGUCCUGGCCACACCGAUGUACGGAGGUGCAAGCUGCCCCAACUUGACUGAGACCAGGACUUGUUCCGGCCUUGUUGACUGCCCUGCUGGGGAGAGCGAGUACCAGUACAGCCUUAAAGUAGGGGCCUGGAGCGAGUGCCGACUACCCCAUCACAAGGAUGCCCUGUUAAGUGGCAGGACCACAGUGGACUUCAGCUCCAGCUCCAAUGAGAGCAACACAGUCAUUUUGCACACACAGGCUUCUCACCACCACCACCAGCAUCGUCAUGCGCACAAGAACCCCAUGUCGUGGGAACUGGAGGUGGGAUACCAGACACGACAAGUCCGCUGCACACGAAGUGACGGCAAGAAUGCUAUGUUGAGUCUAUGUACCAAGGACGACUCCGCCCUGACCUUUCAGGCGUGUGUGAUGCCCAAAGACUGUCAGACAUCUGAUUGGUCAUCGUGGAGUCCCUGCUCUAAGACCUGCCGAUCCACCGAUCUGUCCCCUGGUUACCGCCUCAGGUCACGGAUCAUGACGCAGAUCACAGUUGGAGGGGGUCAAAGAUGUCCUGCCCUUGAGGAAAAAGAAGCUUGCAACAUCAUAGGAGAUUUACUUCUGAACUGCCCCAGGUAUGUGUGGAGGAGCACUGACUGGGGCGAAUGUCGCAUCCUCCCCCUACUGAGCCAGCAGGACCGGCGGCUGGCUAACAUCAGUAUGCUGUGUGGAAGGGGGAUCCAGAACAGGAAGACCUACUGUGUUCAAGUCCCUGAUCACUCAGCACCACAUCACAGGAAGGAGGUGUCCAGGCCUGUGAAUGCCAGGCUGUGCGCUGGUGAAGAGCCCCCCUUGGCGGUCCAGCAAUGCUCCAUCCCUUGCCAGCACCACUGCCUGCUCUCCCAGUGGUCACCCUGGGGUGCCUGCCUAUAUGACAACUGCAAAGAACCACAGGGGAAGAAAGGUUUCAGACAGAGGAGGAGAGAGGUGUUGUGGGAGUCCAGCAGUCCUCCGGAGACCUGCCCUCAUCUGGUGGAGUUCAUUCAGUGUGAGGAUCCUGCCUGCUACCUGUGGCAGGUCCAACAAGAAGAAAGAUGCAUUCCCACUAAACACUCCUGUGGUCCCGGAACGGCGGCCCAGAAUGUGACCUGUGUCAAUGCUGAAGGGAACGAUGUGCCAGUGGCCCACUGUGUACACGCCCCUCCCCCCACAGAGGUGGCCUGCGAGGUGGCCUGUCCUGCAGACUGUGUGGUCGACUCCUGGUCUCCCUGGUCACCCUGCUCACACAGCUGUGCCACCAAGACAGCAGAGGGUCGACAGAGCCGCACUCGCACUGUGCUGGCCAUGCCCGGGAAAGGAGGGAAGGAGUGUCCGGCAGCGCCAGCCCUGGAGGGGUGGAGAGUGUGUAAUGACCACCCUUGCAUGGUAUUCUACUGGGAGGCCUCCGCCUGGGGUCCCUGUAUUGAGGAUGCCUCCAUGGAUCUCAACGGAACCAGCUCCUGGAAUGGGACCUCUACAUGUGCUAUGGGUGUUCAGAUCCGCAAAGUGAGCUGCAUGAAGAUGAACCUUGGACCUGUGACAAGUAAAAGGUGUUCAGAUUCUGCUCGUCCAGAAACCGUCCGACCCUGUUUGCUCCCCUGCAAAAAAGACUGCAUUGUGACACCGUUCAGUGAAUGGACAGCCUGCCCAUCAACCUGUGUGCCAGAAAAUGCAACUGCCGCCUUGGAGUCGAGAUACAGAACCAUCAUUCAGAGGUCUGCUAAUGGAGGUCAAGAGUGCCCUGACACACUGUUUGAAGAGAGAGAGUGUGAAUCACUUCCUGUGUGUCCAGAGUAUAGUUGGAGAACAAACAAGUGGCACAGCUGUAGCUUGGUUCCGGAUUCUGUUCGACGUGGAUUGUCUGGACCAGAAGAAGCCUGUGGAAACGGUUUAGAAACAAGAGGAGUCAGUUGUGUUGGCGAGAGCGGAGAGUCGGCCAAUAUGACAGAGUGCCUGCGAUGGGCUGGCCCCUUGCCCCCUCAGAUCAGAGAGUGUCGGGUGGCUUGCAAGGAUGACUGCACUCUAACUGCUUGGUCCAAGUUUUCUGACUGCGCUGGAUGCGGCAGCUCCCGCAGUCGCAAUCGCGUGCUCACAGGUCGCAGUAAAAAGAAGGAGCAUUGCCUGAAUAAGGAGCUGUACCCGCUGGAGGAGACAGAGAUGUGUCCCUGUGAUGAGUUCUUGUCCCAGCCCUAUGGGAACUGGUCUGCAUGCAUCCUCCAUGAUCUUUCAGCUCCGGGGUCGCUGCAGGGCUGGAUGAGCCACCGGGAGGUGAAAGAGUGUGGCCAAGGUCUGCGCUACAGAGCAGUGGCCUGCAUUGACCAGCAGGGACACCUGGUCAACCCCACCCGCUGCACAGACUCAGGCUACAUGGUGGAGGUUUGCCACAUCCCUUGCCCCCUAGACUGUAAGCUCAGUGACUGGUCAGCCUGGUCAGCCUGCAGUGCAUCCUGUGGCAGUGGGUUGAAGAUCAGGUCCAAGUGGCUCAGGGAGAAAUCUUUCAAUGGAGGACGCCCAUGCCCCAAGCUGGAUUUGAAAAAUCAGGCUCAGGUAUAUGAGGCUGCGCCAUGCUACAGUGAAUGCGGCCAAUAUGAGUGGAGGAUCGAGCCCUGGUCCAUUUGUACCAUCAACACCGUGGACGACCUGCCAGCCUGCGGGGAGGGAGUCCAAAGCCGCAAGAUCAGGUGUGUGAAGCAGGGAACGACGAGUGGGGAGAACAGCACGCUGGAAGACAGUCUGUGUGAUGAGGAGGAAACGCCACCCAGAGCCCAAGUCUGCUUUCUGGCCUGCUCAGAGGACUGCGUCAUGGCACCCUGGGGACCUUGGAGCAACUGCCCUCUGCAAUGUCACAAAGGAACAGCACGUAACAGGAGCAGACACAUCCUCCGCCUCGCAGCCUCGGAAAGCUCAGCCUGUCCAGAGCUGGUCCAGUCAGAGCCCUGUAUCCUCAACAGCACCUGCUUCUCCUACCAGUACAGAGUCUCAGACUGGAGUACAUGCCAGCUGAGCGAAAAUGCCAUCUGUGGUCAGGGUUCAUGUUUUCGUCUCGUGGACUGUAUUCGCAGCGACGGCAAGAUAGUGGAGUUGCAGAAGUGCAAGCAGUUUGGUCUGAUCAACAAGUGGAGGCUGUCAGAGAGCUGCGUGGUUAACUGUCCUGUCAACUGCAUUCUCUCUGAAUGGUCGCCGUGGAAGGAAUGUUCGCACAGCUGUGGUAACCAAGGUCAGUCUGUGCACAGCCGGAGAAUCCUGCAGGAGGCUCAUGAGGAGGGUCGGCCCUGUCCCAACCAGCUCACCCAGACCAAGCCGUGUCCCAUAAGGCCUUGCUAUACAUGGCUGCUUAGUGACUGGUCCCCAUGCACUGUGGAGGGUGCAGAGUGUGGUGAGGGGCUUCGAAGGAGGAGCCUGGCAUGUGUCGUCCACAAGGGCAACUGGCCCGAUUCUCCUUCUCAGCCAGUGGACGAGGAGCUCUGUGGAGACAAACUGCGGCAGCAGAUCCAACAAGAGAUGGAGCAGCCCUGCUUCGUUCCCUGUCCAGGAGACUGCCAUUUGACUGUGUGGUCGUCUUGGAGCUCCUGCCAGCUGACCUGCGUGGAGGGGCGGAGUUUUGAGACCACUGGUCGCCAAGCUCGCUCUAGAGCUGUGAUCAUUCAGGUCAUGGAGAACCAGGGCAGCUGCCCACAUCAAGUGUUUGAGACCCAGCCUUGCAAAGGGGGGAAAUGCCACAGUUACCAGUGGAGGACGGGGGGAUGGAGCAACAAUGAGAGAGCGGUGUGGUGUCAGCGCUCAGAUGGUGUCAACGUCACAGGGGGGUGUUUCCCGCAGAAAAGGCCGACCACGGUCAGACACUGCCAUCCUCCGUGCACGAAACCCUUCUCGCACUGCACACCGAGCGGAGUGUGUGGGUGUGAGAAGGGUUACACUGAAGUAAUGACCACGCACGGCUUCUUGGACUACUGCACCAGAACCCCGGGUGUGGACAGCAACAAGAAAGCUGAUGUGAAAACCAACUCUGGAAGAUUAAAACCUGGGCCGUCUCAGGCCCAGGACCUUUUCAGCGAGUGGACCUUAAGACCUGUUGGCCCAGAUGGAAGAGUAAAGCUGUGGGUUUACGCCGUGACUGCCGUUGGAUUCAUCCUAAUACUCUUCAUUAUUGCAUUAUCAUUCCUGGUUUGCAAACCAUCCAAAUCUACGAAGACGUCUCCCCCACCGCAGAAGCCCUUGACCCUGGCCUACGAUGGUGACAUGGAUAUGUAACCAGGCGGCUAUACCUCACAUGACGCGUUCGGCCUCAGACAGACUCCAGACUACGUUCUGUUUGUUAGCGAGCACGUCCGUCACAUCAAACUGACUGUUGGCCAGUUUGAGCUGGGCGAUUAUUUGCUGUAGUGCCAACUGUAAUGCAAAAAAAAAAAAUGCAGCGGACAGAUAACGACGAUUGCACCUGAUUUGCUGCUGAGGGCAAUACGGCCCAGAUUUUUGGCUUCAGCUGACUUUCCUCCUGGAAGAAGAGGGAACCGAAGCCGAACAUGGUGCAAAUGAGACAAAAGGCCUCUAGACAUAGGUAAUAAAUGGACCUCUAGCUUCUUUUUUUAACUGCUUGCAACGUGAACACACAUUUAAAGGACUGGUUGCAACCAACAAGUUGCAACCAACGAGGACUCCUCAAAGGCGAAGACAAAGUGGAUCCACAGGUGUUUGAGUUUUUUGUGUGUGUCAGGAAUCAGAGGAGCCACCUGAUUAUUUGUCUGGUAUUUGUGUCGUGAGGGAGACAAAUCAUCUUGACUCAGCAGUCACUCGUGACGUUCAAAGACGAAACAAUGGAACAUUUGGCAUUUGACUUUGUCUCAUCACUGCUGGAUCUUUGUGAAUAGGAAAUGUCACACGCCUUUUGGAUAAACAGCCUUUUUUUUGAAUUUCUGAGAAUAAAGGAGAUGCUCUAUGCACUACGUUAGUGCUGAUUCACUUUGUUUUUUUCCUCUCAAAUGACUUUUCUAGUGUUUUAAUUGUAAUGCAAGUUGUUGCUGUCGGAUUGUGUUUUGUUGAUGAUGCCAUAUGUUGUGUAUAUGUGGCGUACAAAAGCAGGUUGCCCUUGAGUUUAACAAUACAAUAAUGCAGUAAUUUCUCCUCCCUGAUUCUCAUAAAAACUUGACCACUGAGGCCGGGGGGGGGGUCACUCUGGCUUGUUUGUAUUUCUUUAAACCAAUCACAAUUGUCUUGGAUGAAGAACAAGAUGCAGCGACGGUGCCCUUGCCGAAUAGACAGCGUAAGGGGAGGAGAAUCCCAGCUGGCAGCCAAUGGCAAGCUUUUACACAAAGUCUUCCUCUGGUUGGUCCAUUUAAGAAAACAACAGACACAGACCUUUAAUGCAAAUUGUUAAAUACCAGCAUGAUAAAGAUCAUACACACUUGUUCAUCAAAUGCAAAACAAAAAAAAGCACUGAUCACCAAAGCAGAAUAGAGAUUACGAACAAUCCACUAGAUUUAACAGCAUUUAUUACAUCCAAAUGCAAAGUAAGAUGACAGAGCAAGGUGAGAAACUAGUUUUUGAUAGCAAAGGCUUAAAACAUGAAAGACAGCAAAUACCAAAUAUUUGUGAGCACAUAUUAGUUAAGUAGAUUAUAUCGCAUUUCUGUUUCUGUAGCUCAUGCACAAAAAAGAAACAACUUUUCGUUUAUUCAGCCCUGGAAUUGUUUCAGAUUUCCACUUAUAGUACAAGACAUCUAUGUUUUUUUAGUAAAGCAUCUUAGUUGACCAUAAUUAUACAUUUAGCAUAAUUUAAACAUGCAUCCUCUAGUGCAUUAUUCAUACGACGCUGUUGAGAAUUACAUUUCUAAUACUUGCUGGUUUUGGUAUUGAACAGAGUUUACACCGUUUCUCUUUCUGCCUCAACGAACUGGACAUUUGGACUUGUGUUAUCUGACCUCCUUUUGAAUGUAUUUUACCAGUGACUCUAUAAUCUUAAUGGUUGUGCAAAUAUAGUUGCUACAUGUUGUAACAAUUGUAUUUACACAGCUGAUUGUAUGUAAGCAUGCUUGAUCCAUUUUGGCAGAAAGUGCUCCGAGUGGCCUUUGCGAAAGAUUCUGUUUUACAAGUUGCCAAACAUUUUGGAGCAUUUUCUUUUUCUAAUAUUUGGCCGACAAAGGGACAUACAGUACGCUAAAUGUGAAGUCAUUGUGAAAUCCAGUUGUGAGACAAUAUCUAGAUAACAGGAUCAACGAAUAAACUUAGUUAUCUGGGGCACAUUUCCAUUAUAAAACAAAGAACAGCCAACCUCUGACCUGAUUCUAUUGGGUUAUAUCCAAAAAAAAUCGAAACGUAUGUUCACUCAUUGUUUACAGUACCAUGCUAUUUGUGUUACUAUUGUGUGUACAUGGAGAGCUGGACAAAAGUGCAAAUAAAUUGUGGAACCAUGUGAAAAUAAAACCCUGCACUCUUUCCUCUUUGUCGCACAUUUCAGGGUUUGAGUGAAAUCUUUGUGAGAGAUGCUCUAGGCCUGCCCUGAUCUUCAUCGGCUCCUUGACUCUCAAAGUGUAAUUGCUGAUACAGGCUCCGAGGCAGAGUCCAGAAUAUAUAAGCAGCUGAUAAGAUUCCUCUCGCCCUCCAGUCAGAUUCCCACUCUGAUAGU